AGUGUGGUAGCCCCUUUCUGCGGCGCCAGAGCAGGAUCGUGGGUGGAACCAACGCCAACCUGGGCGACUGGCCCUGGCAGGUCAGCCUGCACGUCCAAGACAUCCACGUCUGCGGAGGCUCCAUCAUCACCCCUGAGUGGAUUGUGACCGCUGCCCACUGUGUGGAGGAGCCUCUCAACAGCCCGCGGUACUGGACGGCAUUCGCAGGCCUUCUGAGACAGUCCUCCAUGCUCUAUGGAAGUGGACACCGGGUCGAGAAAGUGAUCUCUCACCCCAAUUAUGACUCCAAGACCAAGAACAACGAUGUUGCGCUUAUGAAGUUGCAGACACCGCUGACGUUCAAUGACAGGGUGAAGCCCGUGUGCCUGCCCAAUCCUGGCAUGAUGCUGGAGGCACAACAGCCGUGCUGGAUUUCUGGGUGGGGGGCCACCUAUGAGAAAGGGAAGACCUCGGACGUGCUGAACGCUGCGCUGGUGCACCUCAUUGAGCACUCACACUGCAACAGCAAAUAUGUCUACAAUAACCUCAUCACUCCGGCCAUGAUCUGUGCCGGGUACCUGCAGGGCAACAUCGACUCCUGCCAGGGGGACAGUGGAGGGCCGCUGGUCACUUUGAAGAAUGAAGUCUGGUGGUUGAUUGGGGACACGAGCUGGGGAUCUGGGUGUGCCAAGCCUAACAGGCCCGGAGUGUACGGAAACAUGACGGUGUUCACAGACUGGAUCUACCGACAGAUGAGGGUAACUUCCUGUCCUUCCCACUGGGUUUCCGUCUCCUUGAGAGGAGGCCAGCUUCUGCUGCGAGAAGCUGGUUGGCCACCAAGAACUGCAAGUCCCUGCAAGAUUGGGCAGAGCCUGCCAAGGGACCUGGCCAUGGGCAAUGACUCUAGCAGCCACCAGAGGGCGGCAGCCACCAGAGGACGGCAGCCACUGCGAACGCAUCAGCCUUAG